CGGCGUCGGGAGAGCCGUCCGGCGCCGAGGACGAGGCGCAGGCGCGCGGCGUCCGGAUGCACGCGUCGGCCCGGGCGGCCCUCGCUCACUUGGGGCCGCUCAUCGACGAGGCCUCCCACGCAGGAGGCUACUGGCGAGAGGCGUUCCCGGCGGGCCGCGUGCGGGGCGUGGCCGCCGCUCUGAGCGCGAUGCUGGACGACCUCGACUUGUUGCACGAGACGCUCGCGGCGCUGCAGCCGGGCGGAGUGGGCCUCGUCGCGCCGCUGCUCAAGCCGAUCAACCGCGUCGAGGCGGAGGUGGUGCACGCGCUGAGGGCGUUGCUGCAGAAGCUGCAGGCGGGCGUCAGCGCGGAUGGCGCGCGCUUCUCCGCCUCCUCGCCAGCCGUGAAGCUGUUCGACGAGUGCUACGCCGAGUGCCUGCACGCCGUGGUCACGCUCAACCGCCGCAGGGACGCGGGCUUGGACGCGGUGCCGUCGCUGUCCAACGACGAGGCGCUGACCUUCAACGCGCUCGUCUACUCGCUCAAGAGCCUGAUCGGCAACAUCGAGCGCGCCAGCGAGCGGCUCGACGAGCUGCUCUCGAUGAAUACGCCCGUCGACCUCGGCACGGUCGCGUUUGUGUGAAUGCGGCAGGUCCAUGCUGUGAUAGUUUAUCGGGAGAGCGGUGCCCAUCGCGGAGAGUCCUGUGGUAUAGUGCCAAUUAGUUAGUUAGUUAGUUUUAGGAAGGUGAAGAACAGUCAGCUGUCAGGCUCGGACUGUGCCUCUCUCUGUGG